AUGGUGGCUGGGGCAGCUCGGGUGGCGGGCGGCACUACAGCAGGCAACGUGGCCGCAGGUAAGGGCGGCGGGGCCGCAGGUAAGGGCGGCGGGGCCGCAGCAGCAGACGACGGGGCCGCAGGUAAGGGCGGCGGGGCCGCAGGUAAGAAGGGCGGGGCCGCAGGUAAGGUGGCGGGGCCGCAGCAGCAGGCGACGGGGCCGCAGGUAAGGGCGGCGGGGCCGCAGGUAAGGGCGGCAGGGCCGCAUCGAAGGGCGGCGGGGCCGCAGGUAAGGUGGCGGGGCCCCAGCGAAGGGCGGCAGGGCCGCAAGUAA